CGUAUUCAGCUCACGUUCAUACUCGAUUCACAAACUAAGCUGAGUGGGCCAGGCAUCGCGACUCGGCCGACAGUAACGCCUUUCUCUCGUAGUGCGCUUGGGCAACGCUCACAAUGGACGCUCAUUUAAACUCUCUCUCCCGCGUUUGUUGUAAUAGAAUUUGCGAUGUCCUCGGUCCGCAAAUCUGCAUAGCGAUGCGAGUGUUGUAGCCUCUGUUCUCACUGUGAUUUUUUUUUUUACGUGUGUACCGAUAGACGGUACGUAUGUUUGCGGUCUGUAUUCAUUACGUCUUGUGAUAUAAGUGUAAAGGAAUAACAUAUUUACAACAAAAAAUCCUGAACUUGCUUUUUUUUUUAAACUUCAACUCCUACUUAAAUUUGCGCUUUAAGCUUAUUUUUUUGUUCUCCACGCUCUCUUUCCGCAAGUGUUAGAAAACGAAUCUUGGUUGGCGGGGCUGGCUAUCCCUUACAUGGAAUACCGUUAGCGGACAAUCGCGCGCUGCUUGUGUAGAGCAGUCCUCCUGCGCGCACGGCGGUGCAGGGCUUGCUCUCCGCACGACACUUAUCCGAGAUUCAAGCUCGGCACUUCUCCAGGGCCUCUUCCGAAGAAUAAUACCCUCCGUCUUUGGGUUGUUUUUUUUUCAUCAUCCGUGCCGAAGAACGGACUUGGUCGUCGUCGUCGUCGUCUUCGUCGCUCUGAGAUUUUUGUUUUUAAUUCAAAGGACGGAAGAAAAAAAAUUCGCGCAGCCCUCGUCCCGCACCAAACAAAAAGGAGCAUCGUUCGGCAAUGCUGCUGGGAGCUUCCAACACUUAACAAACGAGGUGGCCUCCGUCCUCCGCACGGAGCCCGCUCCCCCCCCCGGUGCCACCGACCCACCUCCGCCCUGCGUCGGAGGGCACCUCGGACGCCACGUCCACCCCCUCGCUCCGCCCUGAGCGAGCGCGUAAAUGGGGACGUUCAUGGCUCCGCUGCGACUGCGACCGCCGCAGCCUCCGCCGCCGCUGCUGCCGCUGCUGCCGGCUCUCCUGCUCGCGAUCGCCCUCCGCGCCGCCGAGCCCACCGAGCUCCGGCAAGCGGCCGCCUACGGCGCGGGGGGAGCUGGAGGGCCCGACCCGUGCCCCGUCAUGUGCGGGUGCGAGGAGAAGGACAACGUUCUGCAGGUGUACUGCGACAACCGCGGCUUCUCGGACAUGUCCCAGCUGCGUGCGCCGCCCGCCCUCGUGCCGCCGCGGCCCUACAAGCUGUUCCUCAACGGCAACUCCAUCGGUGCCCUCUACCUCAAUGACUUCGUCGACUACGGAGCAGCGGUCUCGCUCAACGUGGCCAACAACGGCCUGCUCGAGAUACAGGCCGGUGCCAUGCUGGGCCUGCAGGACCUGCGCCGCCUCUACCUGUUCAGCAACAAGCUGGAGGUCUUCCGCAACGACACGUUCCUGGGCCUCGACAAUCUGGAGUACCUGCAGGCUGACUACAACCUCCUGCGGCACAUCGAGGCGGCCGCCUUCUGGGGUCUGACCAAGCUGCGCGUUCUCAUACUCAACGACAACCUGCUCCAACACCUGCCCGGCGACAUCUUCCGGAAUGUGACGCUGCGCCACCUGGACCUGCGCGGCAACCGCCUCAAGACGCUGCCCCACCGGGGCCUGCUGGAGCACCUGGACCGCAUCGCCGAGAUCCAGCUGGAGGAGAACUUGUGGAACUGCACGUGCGAGCUGGAUGCCCUCAGGGCGUGGCUCGACCACCUGUCGCACUCGGUGCUCGUGGGCGAGGUGAUGUGCGAGACGCCGUUCCGCUUGCGGGGCAAGGACCUCAGCGAGUUCCCGCGGCGUGAGCUGUGCUCUGAGCGUGCGGGCGAAGACUUCCCGCCACCGUCGGAGGCCCUCAACGCUUCGCGCGGGGGCACCAACCUCGGCCCCAUCGUGGGCGUCCAGGCCAAGGCGCCCGUCGUCACGAGCUGCCCCGCGGUGUGCAGCUGCAACUUUCACACGGGCGACAUGGGGCUCACGGUGAACUGCCACAACCGCAGCAUCCUGAGCGUGCCGGCACUGCUGCCGCGACCGCUCUUCCCCAAGAAGCUCUAUCUGCCCGAGAAUCUUAUCAAGACCAUCCGCAAGCUCGACUUCAAGGACUUCGCCAGUCUCGAGCUGCUGCACCUGGGCAACAACCGCAUCUCGUCGAUCCACGAGGGCGCCUUCGCCAACCUCACCAACCUGCAGCGGCUCUACCUGAACACCAACUACAUCGUGACGCUCUCGCCGGGCAUGUUCGCGGGCCUGCGCCGCCUGCAGUACCUCUACCUGGAGUUCAACGAGAUCCGCGAGAUCCUGGCGGGCACCUUCAAUGAGCUGAGCGGCCUCCAGCUGCUGUUCCUCAACAACAACGAGCUGCGCUCGCUGCCGCACGGCGCGUUCGCCGGCAUGGCCAUCACCCGCCUCAACCUGCGGAGCAACUUCUUCGAGAGGCUGCCCGUAGCCGGCGUGCUGGAGCACCUGCAUGCCAUCGUGCAGAUCGACCUGCAGGAGAACCCAUGGGAGUGCGGCUGCGACGCCGUGACGCUCAAGCAGUGGAUCGAGGGCCUGAGCGGCGGCGUGGUGCACAGCGAGGUGACGUGCGAGUCGCCCGCCCGUUUCGCCGCCAAGCGGCUGCGCUCGCUACCCUUCGAGGCGUUGUGCCCCGACCCGCCAGCCAACGACCACCGAUCGCACACGUGGUCGCCCGACUUCGACAAGACCACGUCCGCCAACUCGGGCUUCGGCGUCAUCUCGGGCAAGAGCGCCGUGCCGCUCUCCGUGCUCAUCCUCAGCCUGCUCAUCGUGCUCAUCCUCACCGUGUUCGCCACGGCGGGCCUCUUCGUGUUCAUCCUGCGGCGGCGAAAGGCCGCCGCCCAGGGCCAGUGCGACACGACGCUCAACCAGGACCUGGCGGCGAUCCCCCUCGACUACGGAUUCUACGAGCCCAAGGCGGAGCCGGGUCCGCCCGAGCGCCACGCGUCGCGCCACCUCUACGAGUACAUCCCGCAGCCGAUCGGCACCAUGUGCAAGAACCCCAUCUACAUCCCGCGCGAGGGCGACAGCGAGCACGAGUACAAGGAGGUGCAGGCUGAGCCGGUCGCCUUCCGCGACAUCCUCGACAAGACCAUCCAGCGGCAGAUCCUCAGCAUGAGCUACUCGUUCGCGGGCGCGGAGCACGGCCCUGGGACGACGUGCCCCGCUGCCGACGCCUUCUCGAGGAUGAGCCUCAUGGGCACGCAUGCAGAGCAGGGCUCCAUCACCCUGCAGCAGCAGCAGCAGCAUCAUCAGCAUCAUCAGCAGCAGCAACACCAGCUGCUGCUUCACCACCAGCAGCAGCAGCAGCAGGGGAACCAGCAGCUGCUGCUGAGUGGCGGGGAUCAGGCGUACGGAUGCGGGUACCGCUCAGCGUCCUGCAGGAAAGCGUGCGAGCCUCACCCCGAGGGAGUCAUCAGAGAGACAGUGCUCUUUGGUUCACCCAACGGCACGGCUGCUGCUGCUGCUGCCGCCGUCGCCGGAGGCGCAGGCGGCGGGGAGUACCUGGAGAUGCGAGCCAGAUUGCAGUGCGAGCCGGACUACCUGGAGGUGCUCGAGAAACAGGCCGCGUACAACAAGCUUUAAUGAGCGGCGGCUUUUGCUCAGGUGCCCUUACAAUGGACCCAAUGCACGGGCUGAUGAUGAUGAUGAUGACGAUGAUGAGGAUGGAGGUGAACCGUUAUGACGAAUAUUAUGAAGAUGGCGAUUGUUUAACACAAAAAAAAUCAGUAUUAUAAUUAUAUAUAUGCACACACAUGCUUAUAUAUAUAGGCACAUAUGUGGUGUAAUGUAAACGGCUACAUAUACGUACACGGUAUGAUGUUUUGUAUGUGUAUAUACACAAACCGUCGGGGGCUGUCGAGAAGUUUUGAGAACGAGACGGGCGCCAAGAUGACGUCCUGCUGGACAGCAGUAGGUUCUGAUCACAUCGUCACACAGCUACAAUGUACCGUAGUGAACGGGCGAAACUUAGAAUAUGAUGAUAAAGUAAACGUUAGUCCGAGUCUUACAUGCAUUAAGAUCUUUAUUUUUCCCCUCUAACCUAUUGACCUCUUUUCCCUAUUAAUAUCCGUUUAACUCUGUGUGUGUGUGUGUGUAUAUAGCAUAUUUUUUUUUGCCAAGGUGUUUUUUAAAAAGUGCCUUUAUUGAUGCACACGGCACUGCAGACACUUUAGUCUAUUAAAUGGACACGGGCGACGUAAUGCAGUUUCGAUUUCCUCCCAACUAAACCGACUUGUACAGCAUAUAAAUACGGAACAAACUCACGGUCAUGUACAUAAAUACAUUCGGUGCGUACACACAUUCGCACGUAUAUAACCCGUGCUACACUGGGCAGUUGGAAGGGGUGGUGUUGGGGGGAUAUAACAUGCUAAGCGGACUACGGGACGCGAGCUCUCACAGCAUCCAACAGGAGUCCACGCAGCACCGUUGCAGGCUUGUAAAAAAAACAAAAAAACGCCAAAUGUGCAAUUUUUUGUGCACCCGUUUGUAAACAACGCAGGACUGUGUACAACUCGCAGCGCCGUCGAUGUACAUACGGGAUGUAAAUAUGACACCACGAAGCUGGGUUAUUGUUUUCUGUUGCUUUGCCGGACCGCACGCGGUUGUUAAGUAACGCUCGAAUCAAAUUUCGAUGACCGUCUCGCCCACCGUCCGACCCUCACCCCGCAAAACCCAACUCUAAAACAGCCUCCUGGGAAGAUCGCAGCGACAUUACCGACAUCAAGACGGCUCACCCCCCCUCCCGACCUCUCUCUCUCUCUCCCAAAUAACCUCUCGCUGCCUGUUCUUCGAGCUUGUUCGCGUCCAGCCCUCGGACGCGGUGCUGCGGAACUCAUCCGCUUUGGGUGCGCUUCGCUUUUUUGGGCAGGAGCUGCGUACCUCCCCCGCCGACUCUUCAUUGCCGCAAGCGAGGAGACGCGAUAUAUAUAAUGUCCCGUGAUGAGCGAUAUUCUUUCGGUUAUUGCUCGCGUGCGACGCCGCGUAACGACGCAGCCCUUCCAUACGCGCGAGACGACAACGCAGCAUCCGCGGUUUUGAUAUCGGCACACGACGACGCACACACGACCAUCCAUCACUGUCCCCCUAUCGGCAUCCCUGAUAUAAUUACGGCCCGAGAUGCUCUCUGAGGCCACGGCAAUGUUAUGAGGGUAAUGGUGACGUGUUUUCGGGAUGAUUGAUUGCGCUCCGAGGGACCGGGAAUACCGCGGUGGGGACGGCAGUGUGGGAAUUUAAAAUUUGGAAAUCCGGUCCGUUCAAUCCCCUGGCUCCGAGUCGCGCAAAACGCAACUCGGGGCCAGAGGAAUGCGCGCUCACUUGGCCAACAUUGCAGGGUGAAAGUUUUGCCAUAUUCAACUCCCCCCCCCCCCCCC